AUGUCCGAAUCAAAGAUUGAUGAUCUUGGCAAGGUGAAUCAUAUCGAAGACGAAAAAUCCUUUCCGCCGAUCAAGGAUCAACCCGAUGCUGCGAUCCAAGAGUUCAGGGAUCGUGAGGCGGCCAUGAGCACUUGGCAAGCAGUCAAGGCCCAUAAGCGUAUUUUUCUUUAUGCCAUCGUUCCUUUUUUUUGUGGAAUGGCCUACGGGUAUGAUACAGUUGCAAGCAGUGCUACUAUGGCUAUGCCAGCCUUCCUCCUAUCAUUUGGAGCCGUGGAACCUGUGACACAUUCUCUUUAUGCUCCGUCAAUCUGGAGUGCAUUGUGGACAGCCAUGGCCAAUCUUGGACAAGCGAUCGGGGCCUUUUUUAUUGGACCCUUGGCAGAGAGGAUUGGGCGGCGCUAUGCGAUCGUGUCAUUCGCUUUACUUUCAUGUGCCGGCGUGGCUGUACAAUUCACUGCUACCACCAGAUGGGCGCUUCUGAUUGGAAAGAUGCUCAACGGGGUUUGUAUUGGUGGUAUUAUGGCUUGCGGAACAACUUAUGCGGCCGAUAUCGCACCUCUCAAGCUGCGUGGGCCUAUACUGCAAGGUCUGGUUCUUUUCACUGUCGCUAUGCAAGGGACAGCUCUUGGAAUCAUCCGCUCCCUGGUUCUCAACAAAGCACCUUUGGCUUGGAAAAUCGUCUUUGCCAUUCAAUGGCCCGUAGCGGUCUUGCUAUUCCUAGCCCUAUUGAUACCGGAGUAUGCCUUCCCUUCAGUUAACAAUUGUGGCAUAACCAAAUUUACUAAUAUACGACUUCUUGCAAGAUCCCCGACAUGGCUUCUUUCACAGGGCCAAGUAGAUGCUACUCGUGCCGCACUUGUUCGACUGUAUGGUGAACAGAAUUCGAUUGAACUUCGACUUCAAUCCCUACAGCUGACUCUUGCGGCGGAAGCGUCGACCCAGGGCCAGCAGAAAGCAUCUUUCAUUGAAUGCUUUCGAGCCCGGAAUUUGAAGCGUACACUCACUGUAUGCUUGAUCAUGUUUGGUACCGGGCUCUUAGGUAUAGCAUUUUUGAACCAAAACACCUACGUUCUUCUGACUUUAGGUCUCCCCGCUGUCCAUGCGUUUGAUGUUGGUGUUGGGGGUUUCUUCCUUGCUUGUGUGGCGAUUAUUGUCUCCUGGCUUUUCACCGACUUCAUAGGCCAUCGCCGCUUGUGGUUGAUCGGCGUCGGUGGCAAUAUCAUAGGAAUGGCGACUGUUGGGGGGCUGGCCUAUUUGAACAAUGUUGCUGGUCUUUGGGCAAUCGCUGUUGUGAUGAAUCUCCUUAUUCCAUGGCAAAUCUACACCUGUACUGGAAUGGCCUGGACAAUGACGCCCGAAAUCGCUUCAUCCCGCCUUCGCCAGCAUACCCAAUCUAUCGGAUUCCUAGUUCAGGCUGUAUCCAGCUGGCUUUUCCAUAUGAUUGUGCCAUAUAUCUAUAACACUGAUGCGGGUAACCUGGGUGCCAAGACUGGAUUCGUGUUCGCCGGCCUCAGUGCGCUUUUGCUCGUUGCAUCGUGGUUUGUGGUUCCUGAAACUGCUGGACGAUCUGUUGAGGAGAUAGACACAGCUUAUCAGCAAGGAAUUUCUCCCCGGAAGUUUCAUAAAAUAUAA